CGCGCAAGGAGAGACCCGUCGAAAGCUGCUGGAUGCACUGGUGAAAUUUGCGAACCAUUUACUGCAACGCGAAAUCCCUGAAGAAGCCAGAGACGUGUUUUUCGGAGCGAAUCUCUUCCCGUUUAUAAAGCCUGAUGGAGAAGAUAUGGGAGAUUAUUUUCGUCCCGUACAGUUUGGUUUUGGUACGAAGAGGGGAGCCGAAACAGUGGUGCACUGUGCGAGAGAGUUUUUACAGACCACAUCGACAGAAGCACGUGCCUUUCUAAAGUUUGACUUUUCUAACGCCUUCAACACCGUCAGACGGGACAAGAUUUUGAAUGUAGUGAAGGAACGCAUACCCGAAUAUUACAACUUCUUUUAUUCGGCCUAUGGAGAAGCUACAACGCUGUUCUGCGUUUCCCCCAGCACUGGAAUCACCAUUUUGUCGGACAGCGGUGUGCAGCAGGGCGAUCCCAGUGCUCCUAUGUUAUAUGGUUUACUAACUUUGGCGCCUUGUUCACUGUUAAAAACGCUCAUUAAUCUUUGGUACCUAGACGACGGUGUCAGUGCAGGUAGUCCGCCAACAGUCCGUGAUGCCUUUUUGGAACUCCGCGGAGCGGCCGCUGAAAUAGGCCUGGAACUAAACACGAGAAAAUGUGAGCUGUACGUAGAUGGGGAAGUGCCAGCGAACGCGCAGAAGUGGUCCGGAUGUUCAUGGAAGUGGCACCGGAUAUGCGCGUAGUCACGGCGGAUAAGCUGGAGUUGUUGGGAUCUCCUCUCUUAGCCGAAGCGGUUGAGGGCGCGUUGAUGAAAAAGGUCGGUCAAACACAAGUGCUUGCCGACCAGCUCGGUAUAUUGCCUACUCAUCAAGCCAUAUUUCUUUUAAAAAAUUGCUUGUCGCUGCCGAAGUUGUUAUACCUUCUUAGGACAGCAGAAUGUUGGCAAUACCCGGAUGCGCUACAGAAGUUUGAUGAAACGAUACGGAGCAAGGCGGAACAGCUGACAAAUGUAUCAAUGACCAAUACAGUAUGGGAGCAAGCUGCGCUACCCACGAGGUUUGGCGGAUUGGGAUUGGUAAAAGCAGCAGAUGUGGCGCUCGCUGCUUAUGCCUCAUCGCUGCACGGAGUAGCCGACGUAGUGCACAGUAUCGUCCGCAGUAACUCUGUCCAAGAGAAAUGUACUCGCCUCACAGAAGCAUGGACAAGUUGCUACACGGCAGACGCCCCCAGGACCGAAAACCGCCGUUUCCAGUCAGCUUGGACAGCAGUGCAGCACACCAGGACAGCGACCCGCAUGUUGGAGAACGCCGACGUAAUUACCCGCGCACGUUUGUUGGCUGCAUCCUCAUCGGAAUCCCGCGCUUGGUUAGCUGCAUUACCCGUUUCAAUUUUUGGCAACUUGUUGGAGGACGCCCAUUUACGCAUAGCAGUGGCUCGACGAUUGGGUGCACCGGUAUGCCAACCGCACGUAUGUCGCUGCGGAUCCACAGUGGACAGUCUCGGUCACCACGGCCUGGUGUGUAAGCUGGCAAAAGGAAGACACGGUACUCAUGCCGUGUUGAACGCCGCAACAAAAGAGCCCUCGGGACUGGAUAGAGGAGAUGGGAAGCGGCCAGACGGAGUUACGGCUUUUCCCUGGCGCAAUGGGAAGCCGUUGGUAUGGGAUGUCACUGUUGCCGAUACCUUCGCCCAGACCUACAUAGGCCAUACAUCACGUGUUCCUGGAAGCGCAGCGGAAGUGAGAGAGAAUCAGAAGUUACGGAAGUACGAUGGACUCGCGGAUCGAUACGUAGUACAACCUCUGGCUUUUGAAACUACGGGAACCUUUGGACCGCUAACCAAGAAAUUUUUCAAAGAUCUGUCAAGAAAGAUUUGCGAAUGUAGUGGUAACCCUCGGUCGGGAGAGUUUUUGCGUCAGAGAAUCAGCACCGAGAUACAACGCGGAAGUGCGGUGUCUGUCCUCGGAACAUUUAAUGAGAUGCGAGACAACGAGGACGUUUUUUUAGCUUUUAGAUUGGCUGAUCGGGAAUGAUUAGUGCCCGAUGUUGUUUUUCUUCUCAGCUCGGCUGUGAUUUUGUUAUUAUUGAAAUAAAGAAA